CUAGAUUGACGCUCAAUGAUCAUACAUCUUUGAGGAAGAACAGUAAGAGAAGAGCUGAUUGGGGCGUUGUAGUAGUGAAGCAGGACGAGGCAUUGUAACAGUGUAGGACAAAGUACAUUGUAUGAAUGGAUGAAAAUAGCAGUUCUAUUGGGUUGUAUUCAGAGGCGUUGUUAUUGUUGUGCUACAGUUUUUGGACCUUUCCUAGUGGUAUUUCUGGUAGUACGGGAAUGGCUCUUGGCUCAUCUCCUUCCUGGCUCCAGCAUAAAAGAAUCGGGCAUCAGGUGUAGUGAGCUGCAAUGCCUCAAUCCCAUUUUAUGCAACUAUAAGUUGAAGACAAUCAUGGACCAACCUCGGCAGCUCCUUCCAUGACUUCUAGAUCUACAGCCACCCAUCUUUCCUUCAGGUAUGCUCUCCUCCACUGUUUACGCACUAUUUCUACAUUACACUGACCUGAGACACAUUACAGUUGUCUGCGCCUCCGAAGUGAAAUGCAGACCAAAUGUCCGCGGAAAUUUUCCGAGUCUUUAUGUCUACGUCAAGCUCAGUAGUGAGAGUAGACAAACGACGAACGAGAAGAAGAGCUUAUCAUUCAAGUGGGAUGAACGUCUUUCAUUCGAGUUGUGAGCGAACCGGUUACCUUAACACAGGAUGCGGAUUAACUAUUUGACCAUAGACCAUCUGCAGACAAGAGUGGAAAUGUCAAUAUCAGAAUCAUGCGGAGAUCGCACUUGAGUGACGUAUGCAUAGGAAAGCUGAAGCUGAGCUUAGUGCCUUGUUGGAGGGUUGCGCUGGUGGCAAAGAAGUAGAACUGCAUCUUAAUAAGCCUCGUAGAUCGGCAUCAACAGAAGCUGCUGCGACUCUUCACUUACAUUUGGAGGCCGUAGACGCGCUUAUGAGCACUAGCCAUAACGUCAAUGCUGCAGAGCAAGCAGUCCAACGGAGUGGAAUUACAGCUCUAGCAGCGGCCGCAGAUUCGACUAACAUUGCAGCCGUGGAAGCCUUUGGUACCCAGCUUUCCGGGUACUCUGAUCUAUAUCAGUCUAUUGGAAAGCUCAUUUUGAAAUUGGACGUCUUUGUCGGUAUUAUCGACCAACUAUCCCAUAUAGGACUUGUCUUCUGUGGUUCGCGUCCGUGAUUGAUGAGAGGUAUUAGGUUCACCCGUACGUCAACUGUACAUGGAAAGUUGUAUCAACGCUAUAUAAGAGCAUCAGUCGCCAAUUCGAGGUUGAUAAGAAGGUCAUUGAUCUUGUGCAUGUCAUGGAGGAUGCCUUUAGCUUCGUUCAAGAUGCAGGUUUUCUCCGCGACAAGACGCAGUACCUUGGGACAACAAUUAUCCAGCUUUUGAAACAGACGAAUGAAUGCUGUCUUUAUAAAGGAAUACGCAAGUCAUACGUUCAUAGGACGAAUGUUUAAGAUUGACGUGGAUGGAAAAGCCGACGAGUUCAUGCAGUCCCUUCGUGCACUCAAAGAAUCAAUUGAGUCGGGUGCUGUCAUUUGUACAGCAUUUGUUUCAAAGAGGAUGUCUUCAGAAAUUGUUUUAUAGCACCGACUGCAUCCAGACAUGAUAGACACGUUUAAUCGGCCCCAAUGCCUUCCUGGAACGCGGACGGAAAUCAUGAACCAGGUGAUAGAGUGGGCCGUAUCAGGCUCGGACCAGAAUGUGUUUUGGCUGCAUGGAGCGGCAGGAUCUGGUCAGCACAACUAUUGCGGAAUAUUUCCGUGGGAUAUCUCGUCUUGGAGCGCAUCUGUUUUUUGAACGCGGGAAGAGCGAUCCUAGCUGUGUCAUCCGAACACUCGCUUAUAAGCUCGCCUCAUUCGACUCGUCUGUGGAAGCCAACGUGAUUGCAGCCAUUAAACAGGAUAGUGAUAUUGGCCAGGCCAUGUCGGCUAUUCAGUUUGAGAACCUGCUCCAUGUCCCUCUUAAUUCGUCUCAAGAUGCUAUGCGAGGACCUAUUGUCAUUGUUCUCGAUGCAUUGGACGAAUGCGGCACGGAGAAAAUAAGGCGGAACUUAAUGGAGAGCUCCCGAGGCAUUUCCGGUUCCUGAUUACGAGCAGGAGGGACCCGGACAUUGAUCGAGCACUGUCCUCUUGACCCGACCGUGUCCGUUGUGUCGAACUGGAACACAGCUUGGAUAGCUGUAGGGAGGACGUGCUUCGCUAUCUUAAGUGUGUGAUGCGUAACGUAUUCGUGAUUAGGAAGUUGUCAAUUCUGGCUGACUGGCAGUUGAAAAUGGAUCGCCUUGCUUCAGCGGCAGGGGGUUUGUUCAUCUGGGCAUCGAUAGCAGUGAAACUGGUGGACUGCGACAACCCGGCUCCGAAGCUAAAACAUCUAGUUAUUCAAUCGCAGCAUCUCUCUGGCCUUAGACAACUUUAUGACUCGGUGCUUGCAAGUUUGGGAAUUUCAUUCGACGAUGAUUCAUCUAAGACUCGCUUUUCGCAAGUGCUUGGUCUCGUCAUUCUCAGUAAAACUCAGUUUUUCGACAAUACGAUCGACGAGCUGCUUGGGUUUUCGAGCGACGAGCCAUCGAGGCUUAUCGUAUCUCGUUUACAAUCUAUACUUGUCUUCACUCCUGGCGAGCCUAUUCAUUUCUACCACGCAUCUUUCCGUGAUUACCUGUUGUCACCAGAGCGCGAAAACAACCCAUGGUUUGUUGGCCUCGAAGCACAAAGAGCGUUCAUUGCUUCGCGAUGUUUCGACAUCAUGAGGGACAUGCUUCGGUUCAACAUUUGUAAAGUCGUCGUACAUCUCCAACGAUCAGAUCCCCGAUCUUCGGGAUCGCAUAGAGGCGAACAUUCCACCGCAUUUGGACUAUGCCUGUCUCUUCUGGUGCUAACACUUACAUGACGCGCAAUUCUCACAUGCGUUGUUGGACAGGUUGUCGGACUUCCUUAGUAUACGCUUACGUACUAGCUCGAGGUGAUGAGCCUUCUGGCAAAGGCUAAUAUUGCUAGCCCAGCACUCCUUCAUCCGAUGGACUGGGUCUCG